AUGUCACCACUCGAUACAAAUCAAUUAAUUGAGGAUUCUCGAUUCCAGUUAGUACUUCGUCGAGUUUUACAGGAAAUAGACGAUAAAGAAUGUCGAUCUCCAUUACCAUUGACUGUUUAUUAUUCCGAACAAGUUGAUUUAUUUAUGGCUCAUCAACAAACAAGUGAUACUCGUCUUUUCAUGCUACAUAUACUUAAAUCAAAAGCGCAAAUGAUUGCUGAAUUUCGUCGUAUGUGCAAUGAUAAUCAAGCGACUCUAGACAAGAUUGAUGUUUUCAAAAAUACAUACAAUUCGAAUACAGCUGUAUAA